AAAAGGAUCCACCACCCCGCCGCGACGCCUAUAUAGGCCGCUCUCCGUGGCUGCACUCCGGUACCAAUCCACUUUUCCUUCCACGCUAAGGCAAACAGCGCAACGCAGCACACAACACAAGCACUAGCUGCUCGAUCUCGUGAGGCUCGUAGUAAGCACACUAGCUGCAGAUCGAGCGAACAGCCAUGAGGAAGUCAAGCAUCAACGGCGUCCAUGUCAUCGGAGUCCCGGUGACCGCCAAGGCGUUUGGCAUAGAGGAGGAGGUGUCGUUGGCCAGGGGCCAGUCGUUCAGGAAGGCCGACGGCGAUCACCUUGCGGUCUCGUUGUCGCACCCCAGCCCUUAUACGUCUUUCGGCUAUAAGCACAGCAGCAAGGGUCAGGUUAUCCACUGGGUGAGCAAGCUGAGCAGAAGGGCACAGGGCUUCAGGGAGCAUGUGACCUUGGGGCCAAAGCUGUCGGAGACGGUGAAGGGGAAGCUGAGCCUGGGCGCGAAAAUCCUGCAGGCCGGCGGGAUCGAGCGCGUGUUCCGGAAGGCGUUCUCGGCGGAGAAAGGCGAGCGGCUGGUGAAGGCGCUGCAGUGCUACCUGUACACCACCGGCGGGCCCAUCGCCGGGAUGCUCUUCGUCUCCACCAAGAAGGUCGCCUUCCGCAGCGACCGGCCGGUCACGGUCACCUCGGCCAAGGGCGACGUCGCGCGGGUGCCCUACAAGGUGGUGGUCCCGCUCAGGAGGAUCGCCCAGGUGCGGCCGAGCGAGAAUGCCGACAAGCCGGAGGAGAAGUACAUCCACGUCGUCACGGUGGACGGCUUCGAGUUCUGGUUCAUGGGGUUCGUGAGCUACCAGAGGUCGUGCAAGUACAUGCAGCAAGCCAUCUCGGAGCUGCAAUGACUAGUGCGCGUGCAUGUUGGUGGUCUGGUGGUGAUCGCGAGGUCCACUAUUGUUUGUUCCGUCGGCACGAUGAGAAGAGAAGUUAUGGGCUGCUGCGCCGUCUUUUGUUGCGAGGCAGCCCUGGCUGAAGUUGCUCGAUCUUAUUUCGGGUUCUUCCGCGUACGAUUUGGAUUGACAUUAUGUGUGUUCUUUCAAAUACUAGUAGCUAGUAUUUUGUACGAUGGGCCGCGAAAAUUAACCAUGACCCGUGUUGAUGAAUGGAAAAUUUUAAGUUGUUCAGAUC